AGGAGUCUCGCUCCUGUACCAGGAUGAGGAAGUGGAACUCCCAAACGGGUUUCUCUUAUACUUCCCCUUGCCGACAUUGUAUAACUACUUCAUGCCUUCAAAGUCGCCUUUUAAAUCAUGAACACCUAUUGAACGAAGCGCGGCGAUGUCGAGCUGGUGUCGGAGCGCUUUCGGGGCGGUUCGUGGAGUUGAGCCGCUCGUCGUGCUCGAGCAGCUGGGCACGUCGUUGUUCGACACCGCUUUGCUCAUGGUGGUCAAGGACCGGUAUGCCGACGCCACUCACCCCGGUACUGGCACUCGUGCCUGCGGGGAGGACGAGCAGCAGAAAGCCAUGUCGGACUUCUACAUGGUCAACAACCUCAUCGCCCAGCUGACGCCCAUCGUGCCCGCUCUCCUUCUCGCUAAGGCGGGCGACCGCGGCUGGAGGAGAGUCCCCGUGGUGGUGCCCUUGUGCGGGUACCUGCUGUCUAGCGUCGCCCUCCUCCAGGUGGUUCUGUUCGGGCUGCCCAUCCAGGUGAUGUUCGGGGCGGCGGUUUUCCUUGGGAUCUCCGGCGGGUUCUGCGCUUACUGGCCCGGCGUCAUGACGUUGGCCUCCCUCGGUUCCAACACGGAGAAUCGCUCUCAGGUAAUGAUGAGAGUGGAGCUGAUGUACGGAGUGGCGGGCCUGCUGGGCAGUCUGCUGUCAGGUCAUGUGUUCCUGCUGUACAGUUCCAGUGUUGGACACGGUACAGUCCUGCUCUAUGUCUGCACACUUCUCAACCUGCUGAGCCUCAUUCACGCCACCGUGCUGCUGCAGGUAAGGCAAGCAUCAAGUGAGCCCGAUGAGAGCAGCCCCCUCCUCCUUCACUCCUCCAACAGUGUCCCCGCGGAGACGUCUUCAAGGAAGAGCACAGUGAACAUGGUGCUGCUCUUCUCUGCUGCUAUCUUGUACGGCUCAUCCGUGGGCGGAGCCGUUGAGAUCCUGGCCGUCUUCGUGAUAAAAGAGCCGCUCCAAUGGAACGCUGCCCAGGUGGGUUAUGGGAAUGCAGCAGGCUUUGUGGUCUUCCUUACCAGUUUCCUUGGCGCCGUUGCUUUUCGCCGCUGCGUGAGCGAUGUGGUGCUCAUCCUGAUCGGCAUGCUUUCGUUCGCCUCUGGAAUCUACUUCAUGUCCUUCGUCACUGCAUCUUACAUGUUCUACCUCGCUCGCGCGCUCAGCCUUUUUGGUCUUAUCCCUCUGCCUACGAUCAGAUCACUACUCUCACAGCAGGUUCCAUCAUCUCUGUAUGGCAUCACUCUGACCGCCCUCCAGCUGGCUCUGAGGCUUCCAGCUCUGGCGUACAUCCCUGCCUUCACUAAACUCUACCAGAGAACACUAGACUGGUUCCCAGGCUUCGUCUUCACGCUCUCAAGCAUAAUGGCCGUUAUGGGAAUGAUACCCAUCAGUGUCAUGGGAUGCAGGUGGUCUCGGCACAGACGUUCCCAAGAGACAGAGGCGACGACCGAGACGCGCCAUGCGGACAAGGACAACUAAAAAAACACGUCCUAAAAAGAUAUAAUCACGAGCACUGCAGAAAAGGAAGUGGAGGAAAUGAGCAGGUGUGUGUUUAUGUAAGCAAUGAGAUAGCAUGCAGUCUUUCAGAAUAACUAAUGUGUGGACAGAGAAAUGAUGACAACACAGAUUGCAGAUGUUUAAUAACUCUAAAACUGUGGCCAAACUGGCAUUACUUAUAAUUUAUACAUUAUCUUUACUUGACCUUUUUAUUUAAAUUUCAAUGAAUGAAAAGCUGUUUUUUAAAAAAAAUUACAUUUCAACUACAAUUAAAAAAAAAAAAAUCUGUGCAGAUAAAUAUCAAAUCAAUUUAUUUUAAUAUUGGUCCAAUAUAUUCCAAAAUAAUUUGAGGUAAAGAUAAUUGCAUCAAACCAACAUCAAUAUACAGGCUUUAUAUUUAUACGUAAUUACAAGAUGUUCAAGUGUACAAAAUGGACCGAAAGUAAAAUGUAAACAUCAGGGAGCAAAAGGCAGAAAAUAACUGAAGUCAUUAGCACUUAGCUUUUUGAAAAAUAAACAUUAACGUGAUCAUAUUAUUCCUGUGAUGUAAUGAAGGAAAUUAUUAGGACAUUAGGACUUGGUCAUUUUUCUAAAGAUUUGUAGAUUCAAACAAACAUCUCUUUGUACAGAAUAGGUGUUGGCAGUCAUCUUGUCUUCAUUUAGGGUUUCAACAUUCUGCAUUAUCAAAAUACAAAGGAAAAUUGCCACCAGGAUUUUAACUUUUGGCAACUCAAAAGACAUUUUUUAGAAAAGAAAAAAAGCAAGUAGGAGGAAUCGUGUAUCGUGCAGCAAUAAAUCAGCAGGCAAACUAACAUUACGCUAUGACAAAAAUAGAAGAGAUGCUGUUGAGGUUCAAAUUAGCAUCUCUGAUUCAAACAACAACAACAAAGUCAAUUCUUUCACUACAUUAGCUUAAUAUUGUUGUUGAGAAUGUUUCAUCCCUUCUAUAAUGGUUACAUUUUCACAUUAAAUGGAUCAACCGACAACUUCUCGGCUGUACAUUUGGGAUACAUUACACAAAACAAAAAAACUCUACUUAAAUGAAACAGUUUUUAAUCAUUUCCUUUUAAAUAUUAGCAACUGC